UUCUCAAGCAAACACAUCAAAGUUAGCCGUUGAGUUGACAACAUGUGUUCGUCGUUCUUGCCAUAUAUCAUCAGUCUGGUUUCCCUGUUUGACGUUAGAUCCAUUUCAACUCAAGAUUGCACGGGGACUGUUUCUUUGCCCAAAUACUAUCACAAUGGAAUGGUGUUCCAAGCGGAUGGAAUGCCCAAAGUUUGGGGAUUCACCACCAAUCCAUCAUGUCCAGUGAACGUGAAGGCUGCAUGCACAGACAAGAACGGGUCCAAACGCGUGCUUUGGGCUGCAUCUGAAGGUGUGGAGACAAGGGACGAUGCCAAUGUGUGGGAAGUAACCAUGAACCCUUUAGGAUCAUCCGGGGAUGAAUGCACCAUAAGCAUUGAACAGGGAAAUUCCAAAAAUGUUAUCAACCUCGAUGUCAUCCUUGGUGACGUUUGGAUUUGCUCCGGACAAUCUAAUAUGGAACGGCGAAUGGAUCAAAUCGCCAACGCCACUUCCGAAAUCCAAAACUCGGCCACCUAUUCCAAUAUUCGAUUCUAUAAAGUGGCCCGACAUACCUCUGAUCAAGAGGAGAGCGAUAUUAUUGGAGGGUCAGAUAAGUGGCACACCCCUGAUAAUGCUGCCGAACUUAAGGCAUUUUCUGCAGUUUGCUUCCUCACUGCUCGUGAUCUGACUGACCUCAUGGGAGACGAUAAACGAGUUUUUGGUUUGAUCGAGACCGUUUGGGGUGGAACGAGAGUGGAAGCUUGGUCAAGCCAAAAGGCGUUGGACGAAUGCGAUGUCGAGCCUUCGGUUCUCCCCGAUUAUCCCCAAAACUCCAAUUCCUAUUUGUGGAACGCUAUGGUUUAUCCAUUGCUAAGAACCACUGUUAAAGGAUUUCUUUGGUAUCAAGGAGAGGCUAACUCUGGACACAAUCGAGAUUUGUACCAAUGCACUUUCCCGGCCAUGAUCGCAGAUUGGCGUCUAAAGUUCUCCAAGAUUGAACAAAUCCCACCUUUUGGCUUUGUCCAACUGGCUACAAAUGUGAAUGCCAAUGGGGUCGAGAUCCGUUGGCACCAAACCAAAGACAAGGGUUUUGUUCCAAACCAAGGCAUAGCCAAAGUCUUCAUGGCCGUGGCCUUUGACACCUACGACAAGGAAAAUGGAAUCCACCCGAGAUACAAGCAGAUCGUGGGUGAACGUCUUAGUUAUGGAGCGGCGAAUAUAGCCUAUGGAAUGACGGAAUAUCCCACUAAUGGGCCAUUCCUCGAAGUUGUUACCCAAAAUGGGGGGUUCCAUGAAGUGACCUUCGAUCAAGAUUUUACUUACAACAACGAGGAAAUCUCUGGCUUCUAUGUGUGCUGUGAUUCGAUUGCCACAUGUGAUGCCGCUGAAGGUAGUUGGAACCGUGUUCCAAAAGAGGCCGUCACCGUGGUCUUGGAAGAGCGGAAACUAGUCUUGGAUUUGUCCGGGGGAUGUGCCUCAGCCUUGGCUUAUGCUUGGGAAGAUAUACCUGUCGAAACCUAUCUUGGAGCUCCUAUUUAUGCUGACGACCCUUUUCGUUUGCCCGCGGCCCCUUGGAAAGUAAAUCUGUCGUAACAUAUCUUUACUUGGUGAAAAAUGUGAUAAACUGCCGAAUAACACAGGCUGGGUACAAAAA